GGAUGAAUUAUGACCAGCGCGGGAAUACUUCGUUCAUAAGAGGUUUGAGCAACUAGCAAUGAUGUGGCUGUCACUUGUCAGCAGCACAAACUGGCGUGUCCAAGCCAGAGACGCGCUCAGUCAACACCUCCUAUAUACUCAAGGCCUGCUCCCAGAAUUUUGACGUCACGACCAAGCGGCUGAGUCAAGAGCGCAGCUCCUGCGGCAGCGACAUCACCCGGCUUGCUCUCUCUGCGGUCAUUUCGCUUGGCUGUUAGGCUUCGUUGCUGCCGCUGAAAACGUGGUGUCUUUUUCGUGUGUGUGGCACCGUUCGUGUGUCUUGUGCUGCGCUUGUUAUUCGGCCGUACCGUCUACUGUGGAUAUUUGUUCAAGUCGUCGUGUCACGUAUGAUGCCGAACAAGUCCCGGGAUGCACUGGCAAUUACGACACCGGGAAAAAAGUACAAGUCUUUUCUUUCCCCAAAGACGAAGACACGCGAAAGAAGUGGAUGCGGGCCAUUCCACGAAAGGAUUUCGCACCAACUGCAUAUAAUAAGGUAUGCGCUGAUCAUUUCGAACCGAAAUGCAUCGAGAAUACGACGGCAUACACCGACUCGAGAACGGGAAAGGUGAUAGAAGUGUCAUUGCCUGUGCCCCGUUUGCGACCGGGAUCGCUCCCGACUAUAUUUCCCGGCUGUCCUUCGUACCUUUGGAAGGUACAACAGACAUUAAGAGAGGUGCCCGAUGUCAAAAGGAGCCGGGGAGAAGCCUCUCAGCUUUCUCGUGCCCUUGAGGAUUCCCUUGCUUCAUAUGCAGAGGAAAAGAAAAAGAACUGUUUUUCAACAUUCCAAGAGAUGAAAAUGUCUUCAAUGCCAGAACCUUGGACAGUCAUAUAUGGGAAAGGGUGUGUAAUAUUCCUCAACGAUGUAAACCAAAAUGAACCGUUCCUGAAAGCCUCUGUGACUGUGUUUGAGGACCUGCACGUUAGUGCAUGCUUUCAAGGCGCUUCAGUGAGGAGACUUGGGAACAGUGUUGUGCCUGAAAGUGUUCAUGAAAUUAGUUUACUUCUAUUUAUUUUGGAAAACCUGUGCAUGCUUACUAAUAAAAACCGAAGUUGCGAGCACUUGUUGGCUGUCAUGAAUGAACUUCUUGGGAAAGCUGAAAGUAGUAUAGCACACCACAAAAAAGAGAGUGUAAAAUUUUUGAAGGACCAACCGUUGUUGCUCAGUUCAAAUCGCAAAGAGUAUAGCGCACAGCCGAUGGUGUAUGCUUGCAUUUUGUACACAAUUUCAGCUCAUGCUUACAAGUUUUUAAGGAGCACGAGCAAACUGACCUUGCCUCAUCCAAGCACUAUAAGGAAGGUAUGCUCCUCCUUUCAAAUGUCUCCUGAAGCAGAGGCCUCAGAUAGUACAUUUCUGCAAUAUGUUGCCCACAGGUUCAAGCAGCUGAAACCCCAUAAUACCAUGUGAUCCUGAUGCUGGACGAAAUACACAUCAAGCCAUGACUUGAUUACAAGGGAGGCAGCAUUUGUGGUGCGGCGGUCAAUUCAUGUGAAGCUGCAACAUCAGCUCAUGUAUUCAUGAUACAGAGUCUCGUUAGUUCGUUCAAAGAAGUGGCACAUAUCCUUCCCGUAAAGACACUGAAUGCUGACCAACUUCAUAACAUUCUGAAGAAAAUCAUACUACGCUUGGAGGAUAUAGGUUACAAAGUUGUGGCAGUUGUCGCCGACAACAAUUCGCUUAACAGAAAGACCAUGAUGAUGUUUUCACAACCGCAUAAAUUAAGAAUUGUUUACCCACAUCAAGCAGAUCCUUCACGACCACUUUUUUAUGUGGUUGAUGCUGUGCACCUGUUGAAGAGCAUACGAAAUAAUUGGAUAAAUCAAAAAAAUCCAGGCACGUGCUUGUUUUACCCUCAUUUUGACCUUUCGAAAAACAGCGUACAUCCAGAUUCCAUCCAUUGCGCAUCAUUCAAAGAUGUAAGAGAGCUGUAGAAGCAAGAAGCGACAGAACUUUUGGAGACUGGGUAUAGAUUAACCUCAAGAGCACUCAAUCCAAGCGAUUUGGAGCGCAAAAACGUGAAGCUGGCGUUACAGGUUUUCAAUUCAUUUGUAGCAGAUGGCCUGAGAGCUAACAAAAAUGCACCAGCCUUAUAUCAUGCAGAAUCCACAGCAGAUUUCAUCAUGAUUAUUGUUAGAUGGUGGAGCAUUGUUAACGUAAAAACGCAUUUGAAGGGCAUCCAACACCGUGACAUAUUUGAGCAACCAGUCUCACAAGCUGAAAAUGAUCCUAGAAUUCUUUUCCUUAAUUCCAUGAUAACGUGGCUGGAUAUUUGGGAAUUCCUGAAGCAUGAUGCUGGAGUCCUUACGAAAGAAACACUCACUGCAUUGAGGCUGUCUGUGUACUCUAUUUCGGAGUUUGCAAAAUACUGCUUGCAGGAGCUUGGCCACAGGUAUGUCUUGCUUGGAAAAAUUCAGACAGACUGCCUGGAGAACCGCUUUGGGCAAUAUAGGCAGCUAGCAGCAGCCAAUACCAUAUAUCUGUGCGGCAGCUAUAUGAAAGUGAGGGACGAACCCGUCUGCAGAACACUCUGCCUGUAAUCGCUGAUGAGGACUUGCAGAACAUUGAAAUUAGCACCGCGAGCAGCACGCAGACCACUUUCUCGAUUUCUGUUACCGAGAGUGACCUGAAUGGUAUAAGCUCCCGCAUGGCUGUCAUUACCUAUGUUGCUGGACACUGUGUGCAUGCAGCAUUGAAAAAACUCAAAUGUGACAGUUGCAGGGAAAAUUUGGUCACUGCUAGAGAGCAGACGGAAACGGAGGAUAAUGAUUAUGAUGGCAUGCAUUCAUUAAUCAGGCACUUAGAUCGAGGCGGUUUGAAAUUUCCCUCACCAUUUGUUGUCACUACUGUUGCAUGCAGAUGUGAUUGUGAAGAAGCUUACUGAGAAAAAAUAUUGUACAGAGUUCCUCAGCAGUUCCGACCAAAGGAAGCUUGUCAGGACACUCAUCGUUGAAUCUUUGCCAGAAUAUGAUGAAAUAAUACCAUGCAUCACAGGGCAUACUUAUGAGCAGUUAGCCAGUUUGCUAGCAAACUGUGCGGCUAACAUACUUUUGAACAACCUUUGCAAGCAGAGUAAUGACCUAGCACGUGUUGCAAAAGAAGAGAGCGCACAAAGAAGGAAAGCUCGUAUCUUCACUAAAAAUAAAUAUUGGCAUUUCACUCUCUUGCAAAGCUAAAUUGCAUAUUUGAUGAAUUUUUGGGUGGUAAAACAAUCAUUGUGAAUUUUGUCAACUUAUUCAUUUUCUGACUUAUGCCUGUGUGAUCUGUAUUCUAUGCUGCGGACGGCAACUAAAAGCAAUGCUUACUGUGUACAUUCGAGACCUGUCAUACUUUACUGUAUACGGACUUUUUUUUCUGUUACAGGAAUUUAGGCAUACUAUGUGAACCCUACUAUGCUGGGGUAUAGUGUUUAAGGAUUGAGCGCAUUUGACUGCGCUUUGACGAACUGAUAACUGCACAUCAUGCAUUAAAGAAUCGCUUUGUAUCUAAUUUAUGUUAUGACACGUGAAUGUUUUUGAUAUGUGCAGAUCCCUGCUCCCUAUCUGGGCGGCCUUGUAUGUAUGACUUCAUGCAGCAAUUUGAAUUGCGUCUGAUAUAGGGCAGCAUUACAUUUUGGGGCACUCAUUCUUUGGCGCUUAAUUUGUAAACUGUGCCCUUUUGAAUGCACAUGUUGUAUUAUGUUGACGUUAUUAUGACUACAGCAUUGUGAAUACUCAGAAUAAACGCUGCGCAAUGCGGUUGUCAUAUGAGUGUAUUUUAACGAAUGGGCUGAUUAUUCUGUUAGUUCACAUGGGUCUUGUUGAAACACCUUGGCGAAAGACCGAGCAAGUAGCGCACGUCGCCUUAAUGCUGUGAAUAGGCUCGACAGCUUUCGCAACUGAAUAUCCCGGCCCCACUCAGGCUCCCCCUGUGCAAUUGUUAAUUGCUAUUUAUCUAAUGCUAGCGCGGAACAGAACAGGGAGUCUGAAUUGCUUUUAAAACGAAAGAACAGCCAAGAAACCGAGCGGUAUCACGCACUCAACGCAUGAGUCGCAACGCGGCGCGCUCGAGAAGGGCCGGAGGGAGCCAGCGUGAGGCGCUGGCCUUGACAAGUAUAGGAGGUGUUGGCUCAGUGCGAUGAUCCGGCCAUCUCCUGUCAGAGUACGAUAGGAGUCGGUGAAAAGGGCAACCUACCUCCGGAUUGGUGGUACCUGAUGUCAUCGGUCUCCUGACACCGGAUUGGUGGGACCUGAUGUCAUCGGCCUCCUGACGCUGAAUUGGGGGAAGUGACUAAACAACGAUCACGCAAGGCAUACAAGGAGCUACGGACGGCGGGAGUGAUCAGCGACUACCACUUCAUCAUCAACUUUUCUGUAUUACUUUGUAUUUUUGUCCUACUUACGUAAAUGUAUACGUGUUUGUUCAGCGUCCUGAAUAUCGGACCCAGCCUCACGUUCAGUCAAUCCUCCACGAGGAAAGUGGAUCCCACGUCUUCGAACCCAGGUCGCAACACUAGGCUCAGCUGAGAGAUCAACAGUUGCGUGCGGUUCUUCAAUAUUCGCCGCAUCCGCAUUACCACCACUAUGCCGCAAGGUGCACGCAUCUUGUACAUGGGCGCUAUAUAAUAGGUACUAACAGCAAAAUUAGGGAAUUACCAGCCCUGCGGCUUUGCCACGAUUACAUUGAGAGUAUACACUAGGCAUUUCUAGUACAAUUAGCCCAUGUUAAAUUUCGUUGCAGUAGACCUUUAAAGUGCGCUCAUUCCCUGUUAUUGCUCACAGUUUAUGACCAAACGCUAUAUUGCCGCAAUAUCCAUCUUUCGACUCUCAUAAUCACUACUCACCCAGUUCGAAACUUAGGCGCAGGAUUUUUAGCAAUAGCACCACGCAUCCUAAAUUUCACUUUUCUAGUACUGACAACUGACAAAUUCGAGCGAACCUAGGGCCGCCGCGGCGAUGCAAUGAAUACCACGCAUUUCGCGCUGAACGGGCACACUAUAAAAAAAAUCACGGAGGUUAUCGAAAGAGCACGAAGUUCUCCUUGGCAAUUCGGCGUCGUGAUUAAGGCGGCCUGAAAGUCGCCUUCCUUGAUGAAGCUGCCUACGGCUGUCCGUUAAGUACUUUUUUUAUUGUGCUGUAAAAUUUCACAGCAUAAGCUUGCGUCAAUGAUUUGCUUAGUCCCGGCCAAUACAGAAACGGCGUACCGCACUUAUUUGCAUUAGGGCGCUCACAAAAAACGUAAGAGAAAAAUGUAAAACAAAAUGUGAAUGAAGCAAUAAUACAUUUAGAACACCUGAAGUACAUAUACAUGCGAGCGACCAAAUUUCUUCAGCACGCAAAGCUCAAUAAGCGCACUGCAACAAUGGGACACGUUGCAGUGAGUUCGAAUUUAUAAAAAUAUAAAUGAAUUUACAUAGAGGGUGUCCCAGCUAAGUUUGCCAAGCUGUUCAACAAAACAAAAGUACUUAGAAACGGUGCAAGAUAGAAUUUUAAGACCUAGGGUGAUACGUCGCCACACAUUUCACGACCGAACACCGUAGAUUCUAUAAUGGCAUCUUUCCCAUUUUAUUUUUAAAAACUUUUUUGUUGAACAGCUUGGCUAACGCUAGCUGGGACACACACACACAC